ACGAGACCCAGCAGGGCAGGAAAAGACGCUCACACGUGGAGGAGCAAACCGAACGCUUAAACAAGUACCCUACCCAACUAACUGCUGUCUGUUUCGGGGGGAGCGAAGGGAUAAGGCAAUGCUACUGGGAGAGCCGUAUAGGUGAGGAGACCAGGCAGUGUAAAUGAGCGCUUUUUGUUAUAUUCUGUGAUUGAGAAAGUAAGAGCAGAGAGGGGGGGAAAGUGGGCACACGGUGAGAGAAGAUUAUGGAAACCCUCUGGAGGAGGAGGACGCAGGCGGUGAGAUGGAAGUGGAACUCGCUGCUACUCUGUUUAUUCACCGGUGGCAGCGAGGCCCAGUGUGAGGGCUGCGUAGAGUACUGCUGCGAUGGGUCGCCGCCUUUCUGCUGUUCCUACUACGCCUAUGUGGGAGACGUCCUCUCGGGCACUGCCAUCUCUGGUAUUGUUUUUGGUGUGGUGUUUUUGAUGGGGGCCGUGGCAGCCUUAUUCCUGUGCGUGUGCAUGUGCAUGAAGAACGGGCGUGGUGCACGGGUCGGCGUGUUCAGCACCUCCUAUAACAUCAGCACUGUGACCCAGGGCUAUCCAGGUCCACCGCCUCCAUACACCUACGACUGUGAGAUGUACCCUCCAUCCCUUCAUCCCCCGCCCUACACCCCAACACAGCCUAGGUCAGCUAACUACUCCCCGCCGCCUCCUUACCCUGGAUACACCCGAAAGUGAAUCCCUGCUGCGCUAAACAUGCUGCCACGGCCCAGAUUCGCAGAGACGGCUGUGCACCUCCGAACUCCGAAGCAGCGAGCUGGUGUUGCAAUUUGGGUGUGACCACCAAAAAUUUCCACACUGAAACACAAAUCUAACUGGCAGGCCAGAGCACUCGGUUCAGCUUUCCCGUAUUUCUGCUGCUCUGUAGUUGAGGACGUGGUGGGGAAGUAAUCAUUUGACAAAUGUGGGUCAAGCUGGCCAAAGAGCCUCAACUCAUCUGAUGAUAGACUUAACAGUUAGCAGCCCUGCUGGCCGGCAGCUGGUACUUUUUUGCCUGCUAAUAACCAAUAUCCCUUAUCCGUCCCCCACACCUGUGCACAUUAAAGGCAGUGCACCAUUCAAAUGAUCACUUUUG